AUGUCUCAGGACGUGGAGCAGGAGGCUGCCGAUCGGUCUGCAGACCUAGGCGCCAUGGAGACAGGUCUCUUUUCCGACUGCACCAUUACCUGCGGCACGAAGACAUGGAACCUAAACCGAGCCACACUGUGCAGCAGAAGCGCGUGGUUCACGACCGCUCUAACGAGUCUGUUCCAGGAGGGACAACAGGCAACUGUCAAUAUCGAUGAGCAAGACGAGGACGCAGUUGAGGUCUGCCUUAAAUACAUCUACGGAGGAGUGGCUGCCAUCGACAUGGCCGAAGAGCUGAACAAGAGGGGCCGCCAGCCCAUCUUAUUCUGCGCCGAGGUCUACCGGUCCGCCGACUUCUUCCUGGUCAAGCCGCUGUAUACCCUCGUCGAGCACUACCUCGGCAACUACCUCGACAGCAAGAUCAAGUGGAUGUACAUCCUCGACAACGCCAUCGACGACUUCUACAAGGAGCAAAAGGCCCGGGAGUGGACCGCGGACCUCAAGGACGCGAUCCUCGAGGUGGAGCGUUGGAACACGCCCGUCAUCAACAACAUGCUGAAGGAGUUCGUCUGGGCCGGCAAGAGUUACUUUCUGGAGCGCUUCGCCCACGCACCCCACAUCAGUCUCAGAACGUGGUUCAGAAAGAACAUGCCGCAGUAUGUCAGCCGGGUUCAAAGCCUGUGCAACACCGCGGACCCUGUGUGGCGGACAGAGUCUACAGGCCCGACUUAG